AUGGGUCGUCGUGGGCCUAAGUCUUGGGCUAGCACAGAACAAACCGAAUUUCUGUUAAGCAGACUCAGCCAAUUCAUUGAAUGUCGACAGACAAAAGUGUACAAACCAUUCUUGACCAACACAUGGAACACAUUUGAGGCACAGUGGCCAGAAUGCAACUGUGCUUACAACAAUAUCCCUGUAGAGGGAGACCUCACGACAGUCGAGAUAAAAGCACUAACCAAAGUCAAGAGUAAGCGCAAGCUGAUGAUCCAAACAUGGUAUAGAUGGCAGACGAAUGCCGCGUGUUUGGCGCGAUCAGGCAGAUUAAAAGGGGCACUUGACCUCAGCAAAACUCUGAGCGGAGGAGAUGAGGUUUUGGGGCGAGCUCCACAAGAAGUAGAAGUAUACUCACAUAUUUUCUACAACGAGCGCGUGAAGGGGGAAGCAGAUGCGGCAAUCAAGGCUGAGGGCAUCAAUACACGUGGAAAAAAGCUUGCCAGACAGAAGGACCUCACUUGUGUUAAAUAUGCUACUGAAGAUGAUGACAUCAGAGCUGAGGUCCAAGAAAAGCACCAGGAGGCCCUUACAAACUGGAAAGAAAAACGGGAACUAGCUAGAGCCAGUUUCGUUCAAGAAGUUGAACAAGAGGAGAAGAUUAAAGCCUUCAAUGAACUUGGGGCACAUCUCAAUCACAUCUUCCGCCACCUGUCCUACAAGACAGGUGGGUUUAAGUUCACCUGUAUCGCUGGAGGACGGAACCCAACCACAGGAGAUAUCGUAGUUCUUGACUACCAUCUCGGGGAAACAGACGUGGGGAGUGAAUUUUCGGUCCAAUACACUGGGUUUGGAGAGGUCCAGACAGCCUACACAGAUUUUGUCAAAUUGGCGCUUGCUCAUGACGACAACAUGCAAGCUCUAGCAGAUGCAGGUAAUGCAGAUGAGGUAGUCAAUAACAAUAGCGAUGGAGAGCCCAACAAGUCGGAUGAGAUUUUUGGGGAGGGUAGUCAAGUAGACAAGGAAAAAGCAGAGGAAGGACAAGUUAUGGACAAUACUGGGAUGGAGCUGAAUGGCCUUUAUCAGUUCGACCUCAUGGAUGACUACACAUCCACCAUACCCGUUAACUCACCCACGGGCACUGGGAUCACUGGCAUAGCAGCUGUCCCUAACAAUAAUGACACCCCCCUCGAUUUGGAUCAGUUUGACUUAUCCAGCCUGGAUAUGACUGAUGUCGACACUUUCUUCACUAGCCUACCCUAUGACCCAUUUCAAGUUGCUGCCAGUGUUGUUCCACAAGAGGAUUCUGCAGGUCCACGUCGAACGACACGCCACCAUGUUCCAUCCACGCAUGAGCAUGUCCUCAAUGCAAUCGGGUCAUCGGGUGCACGUGUGUGCCCACCAGUCUCAGUUGAUAAAGAAAAUAACAAGCAGAAGGGUAAAUCCACUGGCACGGAAGAGCAAUCCAGGAAGAAACAGAAACGCACUUGA